GCAUAGCAACAAUUGUUCAGUGCGGGGAGGAAGCCUCGGUCCUGCAAUGCCGUAGCCAAACGCUUAGCCACUGCGCUAUGGAGUCGUCAUUUAUUUUUUACUUAAUUAAUUACUAGUAUAAAAGUGCGUUUUUAUUUUAUAUUUUCUUUAUACAUACUUUUGUACCUAAUUGUAGAGAUAUAAAUACAAAUUGCUGUGUGUAAAAUACAUUGAUUUCUUAUCCUCAUCGGCAUUUUUACUCAAUCCACACGUUAAAUUUUUAUUUCUCUUAAAAAAUUCAGUAUAGAGAUCUAACUUUUCUUAUGUAAAAAUAUCGGUAAACAAUAUAUCGAUAAAGGUUAUAUCGAUAAAAUUAUUCGAGGAUAGACAUUUACAGCACUAUUGUAAUUCGUCAAUGUUGUCAGCACUGUUUCUCAAAACUAAAUGUCAUAUCUUGAUGUUGGUAGAGUAACUUGGCGUAAUUUCAUGCAAUUAUUUUUACUAUGGAAGUCCCGCCUCUUAAACGUAGUGAUUAUAUUUUCUUUGAGCGUAACUACGAACUUAACACUCGGCCAACGUGUGAUCGCUAUUUGCGGCUUGCGCCAAAUUCCUUUGAUUUGUGCACGGAAAACCGACACUAUACGGCUUGUCGGCGAGUGUUGGCCGCAAACGCCGAAUACACACAAAACGGCCCAGUACACGUUGGCCGAACGCACUCGGCGAGCGCGUUCGGCCAACUGCUUCCUUAACGUAUUACGAGGGCGGCACUGAAAUUUUCGGGAAUCAAGGAAGUGACACAACAUUACUAUUUAAAAAUGUAUUUAUUGCUUUUCGAAGUAUUCUCCGCGAAAUUUGACACAUUUUUCUAUACGAUGGAACCAAUCAUUGAAGCAACCAUUCCAUUCGGAAGUUGGGGUCUCCAAAAUCGCCGUUUUGUAGGCGUCCACAGCUUCUUCAGGUGACGAAAAUCUCUGUCCACGCAAUUUAUUCUUUAUUUUAGGGAAAGUAUAGAAAUCAUUAGGGCUUAGGUCGGGGCUGUACGGCGGAUGGUCUAAUAAUUCUAUGUAUUCUUGCUCUAAAAACUCUUUUGUUCUGUGUGCGGUGUGAGAACUUGCAUUGUCGUGAUGGAGGAUGAUGCGGCGGUUGCAGUUCUCUUUACGGAGUUCAGAAACGACCUGUGGCAAACAAUACCAUUCUGCAUUAACUGUUCUUUGUCCCUCAAGAGGAAUAGUCGUAACAUGGCCGGUUUUGGAGACAAACGUGGCCACCAUUUUUUUGCAACACUCCGUGAACGAACAAUUUUUGUUGGCUUUAACUCAUUUUCGAACACCCAAACUCGUGACUGGUUUUUUGUUUCGGGUUCGUACGCGUAUAUCCAGGAUUCGUCACCUGAUACGAUCUUGUAUACAGCAUUUGAGGAUCCUGCGUGGAAUGUUUCGAGAGUUCUGACGCACCAAGUAACGCUAGCCGCUUUUUGCUCUUCACAGAGCGAAUGCGGUAUCCAUCGGGAAAACAACUUUUUUACACCUAAUUGUUCAUGCAAGAUUAUUUGUAUUUGACUCAUGCCGCAUGAGUCAUGCGAAUGUCUAAAGUUGCCUGAAUUUCGCGGUAUGUCACAUGUCGAUCUUCCUCAAUCAGCUUACGCACAGCAUCAACGUUUUCUUGGGUGACUGCAGUUUUUGGACGACCUUGACGGGGAUCAUCACUGAACUUGACACGUCCACGUUGAAAUUCAGCAAACCAGCGAUAAAUUGUGGUUUUGGAUGGGGCUUCAUCACCAAAUGCUGGAAUCAUCCGGUCAACACACUGUUUUUGUGUUAAACCACUUGGAAAGUCAUAAUAAAUCAUCGCUCUUGAAUUUUCUCGAGUCAAUUCCAUUUUCUCAACGACUAAACAAGUUUGACAAAACCUUGUGACCAGACCGAGAAUCUUUUUUAAAAUAAAUAAAUGGUAUUCGAUUUUUAAACCAAGGAGUUUUCAAUUAAAAAGAUUUUAAUAUGACAGGAACAGUGGAAAUAUUCCAUUCCCGAUACUUUUAGUGUAGCCUAUGUAUCUUUGACACAAAUAGGAACCCUGAUACUGUUCACCCACGUGUGGUGUACGUGUGCAUACGUAAAAAAAUGUGUCGGAUAGGAAAAUGAGAUUGAAACUGUGUUUAGUGUUUAGAACCAAGCAUGUAGAAAUUCUAGUUAGUAAUUACUAAUUAGGUACCUAAUUAGUAUGUGCAAACAUGCCCACGAAGUUGCAAGCUUGCGACAGGCUUGACGCGAACACGUUUAACUGUAAUGUCCGCUUCACACUAUUGCGCGAACGCGUAAUGUGAAACCGAUUCGCAUCUUUGCGCUUUUUACGCGCAUUAUUCCCCGAUUACUGUCGGUUUUCUGGCGCGCCUCAAAGGAACAAAGAAGCGUUAAGUGCAAACUUCAGCUUAAAAUCAGUAAAGUUCAGUUUAGUAAGUAUCAGAAAUUUUUUAUUACAGUACUUAGUUUAUGGAUUGAUAAACAAAACCUAGAAUAAUCAACUUUAUAAUAAAAUACUUAUAUUCAUAGUUAGUACUACAUUAUAUUCAGAAAGAAUGUAUACAUAUAUUAUAACUUAAUUUAGAUAUAUACUCAUUACUCAAUUUGUUAUAUAUAUAAAAUAAGAAUUAUACUUUCAAAUAAGGUAGGUAUCCAUUGCUAAUAAAAGUUUUUAUUAAAUUAUUAUAAACGUUAUUAGGUAGGUAAUUAUUAGCAAUAAAUACUUACCAGUUCUCAUUUCUGAGAGGGUUUAGUGCGAAAAAAAUGUUCGCUGCCGCAAUGCAUGUUGGCGAACUCCACAUGUCUAUAAAAUAUUUUUUUUAUUUCUCAGACAAGCAGGUUUCCUUACAAUGUUUUCCUUCACCGCCGAGCACAUGGUAAAUCAGCACUUAAAAUUGCAAUCACCAUUUUUAUUGGUGCCGGCGGGGAUCGAACCCGGUUUGUUUGCGUACUGUGAAAUUAACAGCAAGUGCUUAGCUCCUGAGCUACCACGGAUCUUGGCUGCAGUAGCCACUUACCAUCUGGUGGACUGGAAGUUAUUUUGUCACUACAUGCAAUAUGCAUAAACUAUAUAAGAGUAAGAAAGACUCUAUUUAAAGUACAUAAUCUAAUAUCAUAAUGACUCACAAUUACCUACUUCGACGUCCAUCUCCUUCAAACGUGCAAACCAAUGUGGUUAUACUUUAUGCGAAAUCAUGCGAGUGUGGACUCUGGCGUCAUUAUUUGUUUGGCAGUGCUUUCUCUCUGCGAGUGCGACGUCACACUGUUCGCGGACUUAGUGUAGAGAGGUCAUAAAACUAAUUUCCCUAUCAAACGAAGAAUGUCACGUAAUGCGUUACAACGUAGUAUUAUCAUAACAUUAGUCGAGAAACCUUGGUGGUAGCUCAGCAGGGAUUCUCCACUUACGGAAUAUAUUGAGUAGACACUUAAUUUCGAAAACACAAAAUGUUUUAGAUUAGGUACACCAUUAUCUAAUUAGGUCUCAUCGAUAGUCGCAUCCCACUGAGAAUUACCUCUAGGUACUUAUUUAAAGAGGGUGUAAAAUGUUGAGAUAGACAGUGCAAAGUAAUCAUCGCUGCGUGCAAUAGUUUUUUGGUCUUUAAUAUGAUUUCAAUUAUAAUAGCUCAGAUAUUAAUUACUUCAAGUUUAGCUGCGCCAUUAUUAGAAGAAUCGUUUGUUAAAAUGAAAGAGGAAUCUGGUAACGUUUAUUGCAUUAUAAUUUUUUUAAUUAUCAUAAUUUUAUUUACAGAGAUUCAACAGAUACUGUUCUAUGAACACUAUUAAUUUUUUCUUUGUUUUUCGAAAGGUUAAUAGAAGAAUUACUUAUAUCCAAGUCUGUAAAUAAGUAACCCCAACAAAGUGAUGAAAUUAUGUGAUACAAUCUAUUUUUUUUUUCUAAAAUUAAAAUGGUCAUAGGUACUCUUCUGCUGCUAUUUUUAAUAGUUUAGAAGUUUUGUGAGUACAAAAAAUUUCAUUGUAUAUUAUUAAUUUGGAGUUUGUCGUGUUUAAAUUAUAUUACCGACACUACAUUGCGGAUUCUUUGCAGCGCAAACGGCAAUAUAAAGGCCUGAGAUGCUUUUAAUAUUGAUGUGGUAAUCCAGGCGACAUGUCCUUUUAAUUAUUAUAUUGAGAAGGUAGCCCAACCCAAGUGAAAUGUGUUAGUUCUUUCUCUUGUUUUCGUAUAAUGUAAAUAAUGUAUGAAAAUAACUUGUUUAUAUUAAUAAACUGAAAAUUUUAAAAUACAAUACUGUAAUUUUAAGCUAAUUUAUAAAUGUUCUCUUUAGGAUCAAGUUUAGAUUUUGAACUAGGAGAAUACUUUGAGGGAGAUAUGCUACUGAUGUCGCGACAGAAAAAAGCAGUUUUAGCGGCAGAGAAAAAUCGGAACGGACUUAUAGACGGUGUCAAGCGAUGGCCAGAGCGUACUGUUGUUUACCAGAUUGAAGAAGAUGAUUUUGAUGAAGAACAGGUGAAAAUUAUAGAAGCUGCUAUGGAGGAUAUUGCUAAUAAGUCCUGUAUUAAAUUUAGACCUAAAGAAAAAGACGAGCACGCAGUGUUGAUUAAGGGGUCGGCAGAUGGUUGCUUCUCUAACGUAGGAUAUAGCAGUGCUAGCGAAGAAAACGACGAAGUGAAACAAGUGUUGAAUCUUUCCAAGGGUUGCUUUCGUCACGGUACUGUGGUACAUGAGAUGCUUCACACCCUUGGUUUCUAUCAUAUGCAAAGCACUUACAAUAGAGACGAAUUUGUAAAGAUUAUUUGGGAAAAUAUUAAAGCAGGCAAGGAGUACAACUUUGCAAAGUACACCAAUGACACCGUGACUGAUUUCGGUGUGGCUUACGACUAUAAUAGCGUAAUGCACUACCCUGAAAAGGCUUUUUCAAAAAAUGGAAAUAAAACAAUAAUCCCGUUACAGGAUGAUGUAAAGAUUGGGCAAAGAGUAGGAAUGUCCGAAAGUGACAUAAUUAAAUUGAACAAAAUGUACUGCGAGUCGGAAAGAUAAAACAAUGUCAACCUGAAGACUUAUGAUCUGUUACUUAAUUAUUUAUUCGUAAAGUUUAAAAGAAACUUAUGUUAAUCAUUUGUUUGUAAAUAUUAUUUCUCAUUUAAACCCUGUGUCAUUUCAUUCCAAAGUAAAAAGAUCAAUAGAACG